AUGAAGGCUUUUACUGUCUUCACACUCCUUACGAGUGUGGCAUGGGCUAAACAUACUGUCAAAACCGGUCUGGACGUUUUGAUCGAAAGCAAUUAUAAACAGCUAGCCGGCCGAAAAGUCAUUGUACUUACCAAUCCGACAGGCGUGACUCCGGACUUGGAUCUUGGGGUUGAUGUUAUGUUCAGUUCUGGCGCAGUUGACCUCGUUGGCGUCAUGGGUCCUGAGCAUGGUUUCAGGGGUACGGCCCAAGCUGGGGGCUCAGAAGGGACUUUUAUUGAUCCGGAAACUGGUUUGACGGUUUAUGAUGCGUACAAUAUUAAUACAAGCACAAUUGUUAGCUAUAUCAAGGAAUCCGGAGCGGACACCGUGCUAUUUGACAUACAGGAUGUUGGGGCUCGGUUCUAUACAUAUACUUGGGCCAUGUAUGACACAAUGGUGGCCGCGGCAAUUGCAAAUGCUAGCUUUGUUGUCCUAGACCGCCCAAAUCCUAUCACGGGGUUAAACGCGUUUGGUCCAGUACUCAAUGAGAGUUAUGCAUCUUAUGUGGGACGGCGUCCUAUUGCACAAGCUCACGGCAUGACAACUGGAGAGUUGGCAUCAAUGUUUGUUGGAGAGAAAUGGAUUCAAGAAGCUGCAAAUGGUUCAGAGUUAACACUAGAGGUCAUUUCGAUGAAAGGCUGGAAGAGGUCGAUGGCCUGGAAGGAUACUGGUCUUCCCUGGGUCAUGCCAAGUCCAAACAUGCCGACUCCAGACACGGCUCUGAUAUACCCCGGUGCCUGCAUGUUUGAAGGGACCAGCAUCUCCGAGGGGCGUGGAACCACUCGACCUUUCGAGUUACUCGGGGGCUCGUUCACAAAUCAGUCCUGGGCUGACCAAAUGCGAGCUCUCAACAUCCCUCACACAAACUUCCGUUCUGCUUGUUUCAGCCCAACAACAUCCAAGUUCCAGUCGAAAACAGUAUGCGGACUUCAGAGUUAUAUCUUUCUCAAUUCCAUCUCCGACCAUGAGGAAUUCGAUCCGGUCUUCCUAGGAUUAUCGUUGCUCUGGAGUGCGAAGCAUCUAUACACUAUCGGCGGUAACGACACGGGCUUCGGUAACACAACGCAAAGCUUCCACUGGCUUUUCAAUGGCCCUAAAUACGAUGUGGAUGUGUUGACCGGUGGCUCUUUGGUUCGGGAAGGCAUUGAAUCUGGGCUUUCUCCGGACGAAAUUCGCUCACAGUGGGAGACGGACUUGCAGGCUUUCAAGACGAAGCGAGCAUCUUAUCUUCUGUAUUGA